CCCUCUAACUACUAGCCAAACAUCCUGACCUCAACGAUAGAAUGGACAAUUGCCCAAUUUGCUUCGAGCGGAUCAGAAACCCUUUCUUCUGCAACCCAUGCAGACACAUCUUUUGUUUUAGCUGUAUUUAUGCCUGGCGGAAUGGUACAUGCCCCCUAUGUCGAGAACGAAUUAAAUCAUUCCACCCCGCACAUCAGGAGUUGUCAUCUACAGCAGAAAACACAUCAAACAAACCAAACUACGCUGAAAGAAGCAAAAUGUACUUGUUUAUUCUCAUCAUUGUUUUCCUCCUUGUCGACAUCCCGAGUUCAGCAGGAUUUGUGAGGUCCGUGGUGUACCCUCCAUGCCGUGAUAUACUUCUUAUUAUAUGGGAAAUCUUUUACAUUGUGUUGAUAACCAUCUUGAUGCCAGUGAAAAGUAUCUACAGGUUGAUUGUUGAAAUAGUCAUCUUUGACCUGUAUGACAUUUUGCUUGCAAUUUGCUAUAUGCCACUGAGUAUCGGUAAAAUUUUCAUUAACAUCCCUUUCAAUUUCUACGAGGGUUUGAGGACGUACUUUUUCGAUAACAGUUGGUCGUCUUUAUUUCAUAGAACAAUCCAUCUUGUACUGGUUGUAUUAUUAAUAGAUCCUGCUAAACAAAUAUUUUGGUUACGGGCAUUUGAGAGAAUUCAACGAACGUGUAAAAGCAGAUUUCGCAGAGUGUACAAGAAAAUUCUUGAAGGUAUAGAGCGUAUAAGAGGAAACACCUGAGAUCCUGUUUUCAAGAUAGACUGAAUAGAAAUGUAUCAGUAAAUAUACUUAUACAUCAGUUUAGUAUGAUUUAUAGUAUGUUGUUUUACAUCCCUCUCAAUAUUUUAUUCAUAAAGAGAAGCCGACACUCGCUGGUAGAGAGCUACAAAUUUCAGGGCCAUUGAGCAGCGAGGGAUCUUUUUCGUGACAGCACCUACUGCGACACGGGACCUCCAUCAUUUUAUACGGUCUCAUCCGAAGGACCCAGUGUAGUAAGAAGCUUUGCACA